AUGUUUGAGUUGGCGGACCUGUCCGCAGCGGCCACCGUGUUCGUGAGAAGAUCGACGGCGAAGAUCCGAUCCCCAGUCUUGCGCUCUCCGCCUUCCUAUCGGUCUUGCCGAGCGCUCGAGCUUGUUGCGCAAGGUGAGGGUACGGAGGACUUCCAGGAAUGCGAGUCAGAAGAUGAUGGGAUGGAUGAACACUGCCCACUCCUCGUCAGCCGGUCUCUCAACGACCCGAGAUCGUUCUCCCCUUUGUCACUCGUGACCUGCAAGGGGGAAGUCGCAAGAUGCCUGUCAAAAGCGUUUGGACCCUGCAAAUCCAACCCGAUUGCUUUCGCCGUGAUCGUGUGGUCUCUCUCUCUCUCUUUCAUCGCCGUUCAUCAAGCCUUCAUCGGAUCAGCCGUAAACGGCCACAAUGACAAGAGAGCGAUGAUACAGACGUGCUUGACCAGGCCAGCUCUCCGCUGUAGCAGAGCGCCAUACGAUAUCCUCUUCUGCGGCACAGACACCUUUGCUUCACGCUCUCUCUCAGCCCUCCUAACGCAUCGCUCAUCCCUGUGCUCCUCUCUGCACGUGCUCACCCCUCCCGACGUGCAUCAAUCAUGGGGCGCAACCCGAAUGAAGACUUCUCCCGUCAAGCAGCUCGCCCUUCAACACUCCUUGCCCCAUCAAGACGUCCCCACCACCGGAAUGGUCGACUACACCGCACCUCCACACCUUCUCAGCAAUCCAAAAGCUAUCCUCCUCACCUGCUCCUUCGGACACCUCAUACCAGAUACCCUCCUGGAUGCAUUCCCCAAUCCAUGGCAGAGGAUCAACAUCCACCCAUCCCUACUCCCACACUUGAGAGGUGCAGCUCCGAUACAGUGGGCUCUGGCAAGGAGACUCUCGACAUCAGGUGUCAGCAUUCAGACGUUGGAAAAAGGUCGGUUCGAUACAGGCACGAUCGUCGCUCAGCAAGAAUUCGAUUUCCCACCAGUACCGUCUAGCGGAGAACCAAGCUUUUUGGAGGUGGAGAAGGUCAUGGCGGACAGAGCUGCGUCGUUGCUCGUGCGUACGCUGUCGGAUCUACCGCAAUGCUGGAGGUACAGUUGGGAGCAGGAUGAAAGGAUGAAGAGCUAUGCGCCGAAGCUCAAGGUGGAACACAGCGUGGUGAGGUGGGAUCGAUGGUCAGCGAGAGACAUUGUAGCGAGGGAGGGGGCGUUCGCAUACUUGUACCCGUUGAGUACGAAUCUCGUCCCUCCAGCCAAUGCGAGCUUUCGACCAGUCGCGAUCACCCUCUCCAACACAAGCGCUGUUCCCUUGGAUGAGUUGCGCAAAGUCGACCCGAUGCUCGCAUCCGUGUUGAAGCAGAACGCGGUCCCGCCAGGUUCGGCGAUUUUCUCUGUCGAUGCAGACAUGCUGAUCGUCAAAACGACGUCGGAUGCGGAGGUGCUGGGGGUGCGGAAUGUCAAGGUAGCGGGGAAGAAGGGCAAGGAGGCCAAGGAUUGGUGGAGGGCGUAUCGCGAUCGUGCGGACGCCAGGAGUGGAUUGUUGCUGUUUCAGUGA